GCACGUCAGUCUGUCAGUAUGCGGCACUCUCUUCCCGUGUGUUACCGCCCUUGGGCUCAGUUGGAAAUCAACACUGAAGACGCCGUUCUCUCAAGGAAGUCCGAUUACCAUUGACUGAGUUUCAUCAUCUUUUGUAGCCUUUCCUUUGGGCUGGAGAAACGAGGCCAAGACAUUGAAAGUGUGGCUGCAGUCUCCUGUUCAGUGUGGUCUGGCAAGCAACAGCGAGCAUCAUGACGUUGUCUUUCAAAAAGGACCUGGACAAGUACAAGGAUCUGGAUGAAGAUGAGAUUCUUAACAAUCUGUCGGCAGAUGAGCUCAAACAGCUGGAGUCGGCCCUGGAGGAGAUGGACCCAGAGAAUGCUCUUCUUCCUGCGGGUUUGCGUCAGAAGGACCAGACAACGAAAAAAGCCACAGGAACAUUUGACAGAGAGGGACUCCUCAAAUAUCUGGAGAAGGAAGCCAUGGAGUACAAGGACAGAGAUGAUAUUGUACCCUUCACUGGAGAGAAGAAAGGCAAAAUUUUUAUUCCUAAACAGAAGCCAAUAGAAACACGGCAGGAGGAUGUCACGACUCUCGACCCAGAAUUAGAGGAAGCCCUGUCCAGUGCCACAGAUACAGAACUCUGUGAUCUUGCAGCAAUCCUGGGUGUCCACACACUUGUAACCAGCAAUCAGACAUAUGAUGGGACAGGAGCAAAAGAAGGUUACAACAAUGUGGUUAAAGGGGAGAAGAUGAACCCCGUGUUUGAUGAGCCACCCAAUCCCACAAAUGUAGAUGAAACACUGAACAGGAUAAAAAGCAAUGAUGCAUCCCUAACAGAGGUCAACCUGAACAACAUUAAGAACAUUCCCAUCCCCACACUCAAAGAAUUUGCCAAAGCCAUGGAGAAGAACACACGCGUGACCAAGUUCAGCAUGGCUGCCACACGGAGUAAUGACCCCAUUGCAGUGGCGUUCAGCGAAAUGCUGAGGGAAAACAAAACGCUGCGAAGUUUGAACUUGGAGUCCAACUUCAUCACUGGUGCUGGGAUGCAGGUGCUGAUUGACGCGCUGCGAGACAACGACACACUCACUGAGAUCAAGAUCGACAACCAGAGGCAGCAGCUGGGUACCAAUGUUGAGAUGGAGAUAGCUAAAAUGUUGGAAGAGAACAACAGCAUAGUGAAGUUUGGCUACCACUUCACCAAGCAAGGACCGCGCUCUAGAGCUGCUGCUGCCAUCACAAAGAACAAUGACCUGGUCCGCAGGAGGCGAGUGGAAGGGGACCUGUAGACCUGUCUCCCAGCCAAUCCUGUCGCUUCAUCUCGCCAUGUGGAAUCAUUUCCGCCAGUGCCCUGAUCUCAUCUCACCGUGUGGAACAAGUCUUGUGCCAAACUGUGGGGCAAGGCGCACUCAACAAGAACAUACAUCUGAGAAGAGAAAUAACUGGAAUGACUCGCCCCUCUCUCCCAUGUAUUUGUUUAUUACGUUGUCAUUGAAGGUGUAUCAUGGAUUAGUUUUUAGUCUUUCCGUUUCAGCUGCUCCCAAGUUUUGAGCCUUUAAUCUGUCCAAAAUUUUUACUGUUCUUCUUUUAUACUAUGUCAUUUAUACCAGAAUGUCAUCACAUGAAAUAACUGUUAACACUUUGAUUCAGCUAUCACCUCAUGGAACUGCACGCUGAAUCGGUCAUAGUUUUGCCAGGACCACUUACCUGAAAAUCCCACAGCUGUUAAAAAUCCUCACUACUUAUUGUCACAUGUAGGUUUAUUGGCUCUGAUGUUGCUGUAUUGGCGUUGCCUUGUAAAGCCAAGCUGACCGCAAGCGAGGUUGCUUUGUGUUUUGUUCAGUCAGUGCUGUCCUUGUGCUGCAGUCGCACCCUCAAGUGAAAUUACCUUCAAAAGUAUCAGUGCACAAUGUUUUACAUUUCUAAAUUGUUAUAUUUUAGCCGUUUUGAUACUGUCCAUAUUGCCAUGAUUGUUUUCCUAACAUCCUCUAACAAGUGGCAAUUCAAACUAUUGAGUAAAAUUUAGUUGGAAACUGUAAAAAUGAACAGGCUAGUAAUGUAGUGAACAGGUUUAACAGAUGAGCUUUUAAACAUGGACACUCAUGUGUUAUACCAUGCCAAAGACCAACACAUGCAUUGCGUCACGUUCAUUUUGGACCAUAUAUUUAUAUUGGACUCUGUUUGUCAUAGCGAAUUGUCACAUCGUAGGUAAUGGGUUUUUGGGGGGGGAGGGGGGUUUGCACCGUCGAUAGCAAAAAUUCAACCUGAAUUCAACCUGAAGUCUCUGUCCAGCUAACUAGAUUGCAGUGACACAUGAAAGAUUUAUAUGAAUGAAAACAAACACUGUCACUUAACACUGAGUAGAUUCUCCCAUGCAUUUCAUACCAUGCUGUGUGCCUCAAGGCCAACAUCCUAAGGUACACUAAUGUGCUCUUCAGAUGGCUCUAAAAACUACUAAUUCAGCAGCUACUUGAACCUUGUAAAUACUGUCUUGUGUGGAAGAGGAUCAACACUUCUUGACCAAAAAUCUAUCAACUUCUAAUGCCACAUUCCUUUAAGAUGAAUGGGGGGGUGCACGCUCCAUCCAUGCUCACAUCCGCUUUGCAUUGACUGGUGCACAUGUAUGUGCCGCUUCUUUUUGUUGGGCUUGUUAAUGAUCAUCUGUGACUCAUGUACAGUAUAUUAAUUGUAAAAUGACAUCUCAAAUAUAAUGUGCAUGCACUCUAUUAGUGUGUGUACAACACAAACUACUGUGGCAGUGUAUUUGUACAUGAUAUUUUUAAAAAAAUACAGAUGUCAACAUAAGGAAAUAAAACCACAUGACUGGUGAAAGCGCACUGCUGAAUAUAUAUCUAACAAUAAAUGUUUUUA